UUGUACAUUUCUCUGCCGUUCUCUGCAAAACAACAACGCGAAACGACUACACUCUGCGUAUUUUGGAUAACGUGAACGAGGGCGACUAUAAUUUUUCGCAUUUCCAUUUGGACUUGAACGCUGGCGUUACGUACAUAUUUAGCUUGAGUUGGUUCUGAGACUAAUCGGCGCUCUGAGCAGAUCUAGACAUUUUCAAAAUUCGAAGUUAAAAUAUCAAUUCAUUUUUUAGUAGGUGUUGUCCUAAGGGUCGCCGUCGACAUUGCUUAAGCUUUUAAUCUUUAAGUUAAGUUAAGUUUUUAUUUUUCGCGCCAAAACACGACACGCGGGUAACACGCGGAUAACUUGAUGCUGUGGCGGUUAUGUCAACAAGCCUCUGUCAGCGGAGUGUCUUUUUGAAAAGGGAAAACCAAUCCAAAAUCAAUGAAGAAUGAACGAGAAGGGCAGCAAAGGUUAAUUUAUAAAAGGCAUAAUCAUAAAAAAGAGUUUAUUUUCAAAGCAAAGACUUUCUCGUAACAACAAGGAUGAUUACAUUGCGACUUGGUCCAGUUUGAAUCGACGAAUUUCAACUCCAGAUUACGUGGAAUCAUGGAUCAACUGGAUUCUGGGAAUAGUUUGUCAGUGACAGACGUGAAACAAGAAUUAGGAAUUGCUGUCGCCAUGUUGGACAAAGCAACGGCCGCAGCACCCCUGAGAGAUUACAGGGGUUCCACAGGCGCUUUGAGUGAUCUUGAUGAAGAAUUAGAAAGUAGCCUUUACUCUGAUGACGUCAACGAGGAGGUCCGAGAGUGGAUCGCCACGACAUUUGCGCGAACGACACCGGGAAUGCGCAGAAAGAGUUUGGCCAGGAGGCAUACAUUUCGCAGCGUCGUACAAGCUGUAAAAGCUAGUCUUUAUGUAAAACGAAUUUAUCAAAAUAUGGCUGAGAAAUCGAGAUUUCAAGUUCCAGAAGAAGUUCAACUUUACUUUAAGAAUUUAGACAAGUGGACUUUUGACCCCUUUGCGUUUGGUGAUGUGACUGUAGGACAUCCUCUUCGUUACCUAGGUCAUGAACUCUUCACACGAUAUGACCUCCUGGCCAAAUUCAAGAUUACCUCGGCAACACUAGAUCGAUUUUUAUCAGCGAUCGAGGAAGGGUAUAAGAGACCCUGCAACCGUUAUCACAACGAGUUUCACGCAACUGACGUGGCGCAUUCUGUGCACUAUUUCCUGUCACGCGUCGGACUGAUGCAUUGUAUGAGUGACCUAGAAGUGUUUGGAAUUCUUCUUUCCGCUAUUAUACACGAUGUAGAUCAUACUGGGACUACAAACAACUUUCACGUCAAUUCGAGAUCUGAACUAGCACUGUUGUAUAAUGAUCGCUGUGUAUUGGAAAACCAUCACUUAUGUUCCGCAUUCACGCUUUUAAAAUCGCGAGAACUCGACAUCCUUGCAAAUUUGACGUCCGAACAAUACAGUGAUCUACGCACGCUUGUCGUAGACAUGGUACUGGCCACCGAUAUGUCUUCGCAUUUUGAACAACUUCGAGCCAUGAAGGCUGCUCUAUCAGUUCUUGGAAGUCAAAUAGAAAAGAGUCAGGCGCUGGAGUUCAUUCUCCACGUGGCCGACAUCAGCAAUCCUGCGAAGGACUGGGAACUACACCGUCAAUGGACUUCUCGUAUUAUGGAAGAAUUCUUCUGUCAGGGAGACCGUGAGCUGGAGAUGGGACUGCCCAUAUCUCCACUAUGUGAUCGUUCCGUUACGUGUGUCCCUGAGAGUCAGCUAGGUUUUAUCGAAUUUGUUGUAAUGCCAGCAUUUGAAGUGGUCAGUGAAAUGUUGGACAUACUACUAGAAACAAAAACUUCGCAGGCCGCAGCUGAACUUGGCUUAGAGGGGCAUGGGGGCAAGGAGAGGGCCUGGGUGGCGCCACUGGCCGAUAAUAGGCGAAGAUGGAAAGAGGAAUGCCAGCCCCCGACGAAAGAAGGUCUUGGAGAGGUCCGGUCACCCUCGAAUCUCAGCUUAGUGAGUCGUACAUCAGUUGGAGUGACCGAGGGGGCACGGGACGAGAACCAGAACAAGAGUCCAAGAAACAGCAAAGCUCUUCUGACUCCAAUCAUCUCCUAACCGGCCUCCCCCAGGAAAAUACUGUGCGAAUCGGUUCCAGGCCACGCGCGAAGCAUGAGUCCCGCGACGCGUCUCGGACUAGGUGUGCAGAUGGAAAAAAAAACAACAAAAUAUUAUAAACACAAUGGAUUUCAUCGGGAUUUGUUUCUAAAAGAAACGCAUUCUACCGUGGCCACAAGUCAUCGACAACUUCUUGGAACUCAGUCAUCAAGUAUGAUGCUGGUUUUCCAAAUGCUUAUGCCAUUCAGGAAGUAAACCUGAGACGCAGGGCCAUUUUCGUUGCUUGUUCCUUUUUUGCCGUUAACCGGCCCGGGAACAUGAUAAAACAUAGCACGUCAUUGCGCGCAAAUUUGCAGACCCGGCCACGAAGCCCUCGAGUUCACAAUAACGUUAUGAAAUGGUGACUGCAGCCAACGUAUAAUUUCGUAACAUUAUUGCGCGCAAUAUCGCAGAUUAAGUAGAGGACCAUGGUUUUAGUUCUACAACAUGAAGUGACCAAUACCUUUUUUUUUAUGAGGGAGGNG